AAAACUAAGACAAGCUUGCCAACUAUUGUGUUAAACGAGUUUUGGUUUCUUUCAUAACGUUAGUUGUGGCAGCUGAUGCCAGAAACAAGAAGAGAGGGGUGCAUUGGUGCAAUAUUCAGAAGAAUAGGAUAGUUCUCUAAAGAGUGAUGUUGAAUUUUACGUCAGGCAACGUCAGUGCAAACACCAACUUGGUCAACGGCACUCACGAUGCUGUCAAGAAUUUUACAAUAGUUGACGUGCUUGGUUUAUUUAUGUUGGGUUUGUUAGUUAUAUGCAUCAUAGGUGGAAAUGUGUUAGUCAUUGGCGCUUUUAUAAUCGUUGGGAGAAAAAUACGAACAGUGACAAAUUAUUUUGUUGUUAGUCUCGCUGUUUCAGACAUAUUGGUUGGGUUAUUUUCCGUACCAUUUUGGAUGUGGGUUCAGAUAAAGAGUCUUCCUCUGUCCAGCGCUCCUCAUUUUGUUUUUGUUGCAUUUGAUAUAAUGUGCGGUGUUGCAUCGAUCGUGAAUCUUACAGUUAUCAGUUUGGAAAGACUCUUCGCUGUUGUUCGCCCGGCAUCACAUCGCAAUCUAUCGCGCAAAACGCAUCUAAUUGUUGGUGCGACAGCGUUCGUAUGGAUAUUCGCGUUAGUCAACUCAGGAUUGUAUUUUGUAAAAGCUUUCCACAACUGGACCAGCUACAACGUGUACAUAGUUUUAGUCGGGUUUGUAAGUCCUACUGUUAUUAUCGUUGGCUCUUACAUUGGAAUCUAUAAAGUAGCACAGCAACACGCAACAGAACAAAGACGGCUUCAGCAAGAAAUGCGAUUGGCAAGAAUGAUAGCUAUUGUCAUUGCUUUGUUUGUAGCAUGUUGGCUGCCAUUCUUCUUAUUGAAUAUCUUAUAUGUAUACUGCGAUGCACCAACUUGCCGGGUUGCUAUCAUGCAGAAAGCGAUCCCGUUUGUAAAGUUUCUUCACUACAGCAAUUCCAUGAUGAAUCCAAUCGUGUACGCUUAUCGGAAUUCGGAUUUUCGGGAAGCGUUUAAAAGUUUGCUGGUAAGUUGGUUUGGGCGUUGGAAAUACAGAUAUAUGAGAAGCCCUUCUGCAAAAUCGUGCGCAACAUUAAGAUCAGAAUUCGAUGAGGACUAUUUUCCUGAAACUUUACAGCGUUCAGAUACAAUAUGCAGUGACAAAUAGGUAUAUGAUGAACGUUUGUGGUUGAAUUAAUCGCAGGUGAAAUAUAGCUUGGCAGAGAGAAAGACAUGUAAACAAAGUUUCUUGACUUCACGUAACGAAGUGAACAGUCAAUUUCGUACAAUGGACGAUGCCCAACUUAUCUUAGUGCAAUGUAAAUACUCGCCUUUUAAGGUAAAAAAAUUAACGAAGAAAGAUAGCUAGCCCCACAUAGCUAUUAUUACUA